UUUUUUUUUAUUUUGGUUUUAUUUGUUCUCCUUAUUAUUAUUAUUAUUAUUCCUUCAUCUAUUUUAUCUAAUUAUAUUUAUGACAUCACUUCCUUCUGAUAAUCUUGGUAAACGACUAACCAUGGAUUCACCAGAGGAUAUUUCCUCAGGUCGACCUCCUAGAAAAAGAAUGGUUUCUUCCUCAAGGUCCUCUUCGCCUGACGAUGAUCAAGACGAAACUAUGGAUGCCUUCAAGGAACCUCUAGAUAUUUAUCGAAGAGACGCUAUAUCGAGACAAUGGAGAGAAUAUGUGCGAUCCAGUCGUCGAUUAUUAACUCAAGUGAACACGGCUGAAGAAAGGAAAACUGAAGGACAACAACAACUUUCUACAUGGCAAAGUCACUUUACACAGUUAAAAAAUGAUCUACAACGUCUAUUAGCUAAUUAUGCUUUGGAGCAAUCGAAACAACAAAAUCUCAAUUAUGAUACGGAAGUAUUACUAUCUGAUGAUUGGAUUGAUGAACGUACUGUGAACAUGAAUGAUACUAUCAAGAUGAACAAGAGAACGAUGAAUGUGAUGCCGGAUAUGAAGAACGUGGUCAAAUCAUGGUCUUCCAAACGGAUUCAUUUUAUAGAUGAUCUCAAUGUAGAACAAGUGAUGAACAAGGAUUUGAUGAAAGAUUAUAAGAAGACAUUAUCCACAUGGAUAGAAGGACAAAACUCUGUAGACGAAACAAAUCAUCAAUAUCGUAUAUCAAAACUUAAGUAUUUAUUGUUGACCGAAGAAUUACGGCUCCUCAAAUUACGACUCGGCAUAUCUGAAAAUGUUUUGCAUGGAACAAAGAUGGAAUUAUCGAACGUAGAAAACCGUUUAGCCAACAAAGAUUUAGUCAAACAUGAAACUGACCACCAACAGCAACUACCUUCUGAUCAAACUGGAGGAAAUGUGAUAUCAAAUGAACAGGGACAAAUGCGAACCAUCAUGGAACAUCAACAAGAUCCUAUUGUACGAGCGCAGAAAACAUUGGAUCAACAACUCCGUGAAAUCGAAAUGAUCAAAGAACAACGUAUUGAUAUGAAACAACAAAUAGUACAGCUAGAAUUAGAUUUAGUACAGAUUCCUGAAUCUCGAGUGUAUAAAUCAUCUAUCUGUCGACAACUACACCAAUCUCGCGAAUAUCAACGAGAUAAAUCCCAAUAUCUUACUGGACAUGUGGAUAAGCUUAUACAAGAUGUAGAAGAUAUGCGACGACAUCGAAGACGAUUGAUGGAGGAAAUGGAUCUAGAACAAUUAACACAAAUUCGAUCAUUGGAGGAAAAAUUGGCGAAAUUGGAAUAUGAACUCACCAGAAUUCGUGGUCAACGUGAUGAUUUACAAUGCAAGAUAGAAAUGGGUAAAGCAAAGAGUCAAGAUGGUAAGGCGGCUUCAGUAAAGGAAUGGCAAACUAUUGUAGAAACUCGGAAACAACGUGCCUUCUCUCUGGAAACAGAAGUAGCUCGAUGGAUACAGAAAAUAGCAGCUCUUACUGGAUCUCGUGAAUUCUAUCAGUAUGUGAUGGAUCUUCGGUCUCAUGUUUUGUCAAUUGAUUCGGUUCGGAAAGAGCAAAGUGAACUAGAAGGAAAAGUCUCAAGUCUGAAACAAAAAUUAUUAUCUCGUCCUGAUAUUUUGGAAUCAGAUCAUAAGCUUUUGGAAGAAGAAUUAACAUGUGUUGGUCAGAUCAAAUUACUGGAGGAUGAAUUGGAAACAUUCAAGUCUAUUUAUGGUUUUGAUCCCAUGGAAGCAACACAAGAUAGCGUUUUAGAAAUCUUGCAGGAUAAAAUUAUCAAAGAACAAGAAACACUUACACAGUAUCGUCAACGAGUGGAUGUUUUGCAAAGUACUGAAAACCAACUGUUGGAUGAAAUUGGAAACAUUGCCAAAGUGUAUAGUGAAUUUGAUGAACAAAACAUGGAAAAGAUCAAGAAACUAGCAAUAGCUGAAGAUGAAGUGAUCCAACUCCAAUGUGAACGAGUGAAAUAUAGUCAAACCUUCACUGCAUUGAAUAAAUCCAAGGAUGCUCUUACUAUGGUUGCCAAUGCAUUAACGAAACAAAUCGAAAAGCAAAUGACAUAUAUUAAGCAAUUGAAUGAACAGGAAAAGAAUCUAAGUAGUCAAAUUGCAAGUCUGGAACGUCAACUUGGUGCUGGAAAAUCUGCUUCUGAUAUUUACCAACAAAAGGUAGCUGAACUAAAAACUUCGGUAGAUGAUGCCAAGGAAAAGUUGAACUUUGCCAAAGACAAGGUGAUCGAGGUUGAAAAAUCGAUCAUGGAUAAGAUUCGAUCUAUUGAAGAAGGUGCUCAUUCAAGAUUACGGAUGGAAGAAAAUUGUGAACUUUUAUGGCGAAAAAUUGAAGCUACCACCAAAGUGGAAAAACCAGCAGAAAUGAAAUUACGAAAGGAAAAGGAAGAAUAUCGAUCUUUACUGAAUUGUAGUUCUUGUGGUACAAGACUGAAAUCCCAUGUACUUAUGAGAUGCAUGCAUACAUUCUGUAAAGAUUGUUUAGACAUUCGGAUUGAAACUCGACAACGACGAUGCCCUACUUGUAGUGAGCCCUUUGGAAUCAAUGACGUGAAACAAUUUUAUCUUUGAAUAAAUUCUGUAUUAUAUAUAAAUAUAUAUAUUUUUGUAUGGAAUAAUGACUUAUUGAUUGUUUGUUUUGCAUGAUGAAAUAAACAAAGAAAAAUAAAUAUUAUAUAUA